AUGGACUUUGUAGAAUUCCGGCUACUUUUCUUGAUGGUCAUCGAUUUCUUUAAGCUAUUUUUAACGGGUUAGAGUUCGCUUGUGGAUGGAGACGUUUAAUGAAAUUUGACAAGCCCAAAGAGAGAUUUUUGGUCUCGUGCGCGCUGCUGAAUUCCAUUGGUACGUUAAUUAGUGCUCUGGGCAGCGCGUGUGCGUGUGCGAGCGCGCCGUGCACGUCUCUCCAGAUGGGAGCGCGCGUUUUAACGGGUUUUUAAUAUUUUCUUUUUCGAUGGAGCGUCUCCAGGACUGACUGAACGACUUAUGUACUCCCGUGCGAGUGUGUGUGUGUGUGUGUGUGUGUGUGUGGGGUAAUCAUCGUGACUGUGGCUCGGCUCUUUCUCUCUCUGGAACUCUCCUCGCCUAGCCUAUAAAGGCUCCAGGUCAACAUACUCACGACUUCAUUGCUGUAUAAGUCGCCACUCAGAAGGUCAUGAUGUCUCAGCGCUCUAUGGACCUGAUCUCCCUCUGCAGGAUAUCCCAAAUCCCAUGAGCCUUUGAGCUGGCAGAAAGGCACCAGGAGAAAAGAGAGGUAGAAAAGAAUAUGCCUGGACUGCAUGAUGGACUCCAACAGCUCAGAGCCUGGUCAAUACCUGCCCAGAGGCAGUCUGGGACCACCAAUUUACUCACAAUCCUCUCCAUGGCCACUACUUCAGAGCAUGGCUGACACCAACACCUCUUUCCUCCAAGGCAUUCUAAACUUUAGUGCUGUUUCUGCAGUCAACAGAAGUGACGGAGGAUCAGAGAGCAAGUACGACCCUUUGGGCGGGCAUUCGUUAUGGCAGGUCAUUCUCAUUGUCCUGUUCACGGGAUUGCUUUCCCUCAUCACCAUCAUAGGCAACAUCCUGGUCAUCGUUUCGUUCAAAGUCAACCGGCAGCUCAAGACUGUCAACAAUUAUUUCCUGCUCAGUCUGGCCUUCGCCGACCUCAUCAUAGGGAUCAUAUCUAUGAACCUGUACACAGCAUACAUUGUGAUGGGGCAGUGGGCCAUGGGAAACUGGGCAUGUGAUUUCUGGUUAGCAAUAGACUAUGUGGCCAGCAAUGCAUCUGUCAUGAACCUGCUGGUGAUCAGUUUUGACCGGUAUUUCUCCAUCACACGCCCACUGACCUAUCGUGCCAAACGUACUACCAAGCGUGCAGGACUGAUGAUUGGACUGGCUUGGCUUGUAUCAUUGAUCCUCUGGGCCCCAGCCAUCUUGUUUUGGCAAUAUUUCGUGGGUGAGAGGACAGUUCCGCCGGACAAGUGCUACAUCCAGUUUCUGUCCGAGCCAAUUAUAACGUUUUGUACAGCUAUGGCAGCCUUUUAUCUUCCUGUUACCAUUAUGAGUGUUCUCUAUUGGAGGAUUUAUAAAGAGACUGAAAACCGCUCCCGAGAACUUGCAGGACUUCAAGGCUCGGGAGGUAGGCUGAUGGGAGCAGACCGGCCUCAUUUCCGCAUCGCUGCCACAAGGGCAAGCUCUAGAAGCUGCCGAAGCCUUGAGCUGAGUCAGUCCACACAGAGACAAAAGUCCUUGCUAGGUCUUCCUGGCCACUGUUGGAGGUGGAGGUCUGGUGCUGCAGCUGGGAUCCAUAAAGGAGCUGAAGUGGACCAGAGCAGCUGUGAUAGCUGGAACAACAAUGACACCGCUGAUCAUUCUGGCUCAUCCGACGAGGAGGAGAGUGCACCACCUACCGCACGUGCUAUCUUCUCCAUUGUCCUCAGUCUACCGGGCAUGAGGGCAGCUGUGAACUCUCAGAUCAAGCCCUCUGAGGAGCUGGGCACCUCUGAGGAAGACCCACUACAAGGAACAGCAGGAAGCAACAGCAAGAAUAACAGUCUUUCAUGUUCUGUCAGCAACGGCAAAAAGCGCUUAGCCACUAAUGUUGCCAAAGUGCAGUCCGUGUCUGGCAUUCAGGCUACACCCAUAAGCAUCGACACAACUGAUGCUACCACCAACAAAUCUGCUUCCACUCCUAUAUCCUUUAAAGAGGCAGCACUGGCAAAGCGUUUUGUCUCUCGUGCAAGGACACAGAUUACUAAGCGCAAGCGCAUGUCGCUGGUGAAAGAAAAGAAAGCUGCCCAGACUCUCAGUGCCAUUCUUUUUGCUUUCAUCAUAACCUGGACACCGUACAACAUUAUGGUGCUCAUUAACACAUUCUGCAAUGGCUGCAUCCCGGAAUCCCUGUGGGCUCUAGGUUACUGGCUAUGCUACGUUAACAGCACGGUUAACCCGAUGUGCUACGCUCUGUGCAACAAGACUUUCCGUAGCACGUUUAAAAUGAUCCUGCUAUGUCGAUGGAAUGAGCAGAAAAGCAAGCAAAGCUUUCAGCAAAGGGAAUCUGUCCGUCUUCACAGGAGUAUACCCGGAGACUCUACGUAGCAUUGCUAUCCUGGGAACUCUGCUAACAUUGAUGAAAUACUGCAUUUGAUCUGUGGAUAUAGUUUGUAAAUGGAGUCAUACUGUGGAUUUAAUUUGUAAAUGAAGAUAUUGAGGAUGUCUACUCCGAUUUUGAGCAGAGACUCAGAGGGGAUUGGCAUUGGAGAACGGUACAUCCGUUAAUGUCUAAAAUGAUCUUUUUUGAGUUCUUGCUAGGUUCUAGAUGGUUCUAGACCUCAGUUCCACACUGUGACUUUUUGGAGUAAUUUGCAGAGGAAGAUUUUGCAUUGAACCAUUGCACCCGUCUUUCUCGAAAGAGCUAUCAAAGCUGGCAUCAGACACUAGCGCUGACCUCGAGCUGGACGUUAAAGGAAGUAUUUCAUACCUUGUGUUUUUUUUUAGAUCCAUUUCAAUGACCUGCAUGUAUAUUUCAGGGAUGGAAAUUGACUGUUUAAGUAUUCAUUCAAAAGACACUUUGCAAAAAAUUGUACAAAAUCGUAUGUGUAACUCCAGUUGAAGUGAUUUAUCUGUAUGUAGAGUUUGGCUGUUUUUGUGAACCUGUUGUGAAAGAAGGUCUUGCAAGACUUGCUGUAAGAUCUCGGUGUAUUAAUAUUAUUGUGUAAAUUGUAAAUCACAGUUGAAUCGAUACGUUUUCCUCUGAACCUGACUUUGGUGGGACGGUACGGGCGUAACUAUUGUUUACACGACAUGUAUUUCGCUAGCUGUUUAUUUGGCAUAUUCGGUGAUUUGUACUUCAUUGAGAUUCCUUGUGCUUAAACAACAACCACAAGGUGCCUCUUGCACCUGGAAAACUUCUUUUUAACGAUCCAGAUAUCUUUAUUAGUUUUCGGUGAUUGCAUAAUUUAAAUGCGUUUAUUAUACAGAUUUUGAUAACGUGGGUCCAGCUGUUGAUUUUGUUUUUUGUGAAACUAUUUGCUUACAAUUUCUUGCUAGUCAUGCCAGUUUAGCUAAAAAAAAAACUAAAAAAAUCCUGUGCAUUAAACAUGAAUAGUUCCUAAGUCCGGUGUAGCUCAUAUUACGUUACUGCGUUGCUAAUCUCAUUGAUGUACAACACAGAGAGAGGAAAAUAUAUACUAAUGAAUCCUGAUCAAGUUAAUUAAAAGGGCAGGAGAGAGUUGGCUGUAAUUGCAUCGUGGAAACACAGGCAGAAAUUUAAAAAAAAUGUUCUGGAGGUGCUCCAGUGCCCUCUCAUGGACAUCUAGUGAUACUACAGGUCAGUAAGGUUUUACUGACACUGUAGCAGUAUAGUUUUAUCCACAUCCCUAAAAUACUCUUAAUUACCAUUUACCCCAAAUGCAGUUAAGGAGCUAUGUUUAGUGUCCAUUUUUUUAUUUUUUAUUUUUUAAUCUAAGCUACUAAAAUAUGAAGUAUUGUAAGGUGCUAUGUUGCUUUCAUAUUUGGCUUUUUAGCUUUUUUUCCCCCAAAAAAUAAGUUGUCCAAAGCAAAAGUUGUCCAAAAAUUUUCAUUUGUCGCUUAAUUGAUAAACUUUAAUUUAGUCUUUAAUUUAAUUAUUUUAUUCUUCUUGUUGUAUCUUUUCUUUCCUUUUAACUUUUGUUCUCAAAAAUAUUUUUUUUUCUCGAUUUUUUAUUUAUUUUUUUUAAAGUUCAAUUCAGUUUAUUGCAGCUUUAACGGAGUGUCUAACUUCCAAAUCCCUGUGAACUAGCUGUUAUUGUACAACAUUAUUUUCUUCUUUUAAAGUGGAAAAUUGCCUCCUAUGUCACUUGUAAAAGAUCGUGCUAAAGCAGCACUUCUGUAAAAAAUCUUCAUUAUUAGGUGUAAUAACUGGUGUAAUGCUGGCGCUGUAGUAUGAACUGAACUAACUGUGGAAGUUUUUUUUCUUCUUCAUUUUCUCAGAAUAAAAUCCAC